ACCUCCAGUCAUCUCAACCUCAGAGUCACAGUCACGUGCCUUGACUCCACUCCACUUCUCACGGUUCCCAUCCCUCAUCCUACCCCUACGGGCCAAUCGUCCUCCUCCUCGUCCUACUCCGCCUUCAACAUCUCUAAGUAUAAAUACCCCCUCUCGCCCAAUCCUUUUCAACAACCCAAACAUGCACUUCUACGUCCCUUGAACAUCGUAUCAACCAUUUUUUCUUAUCUAAAAUGUCUACUACAACCAACCCCGAAACCGCCACCGCCUACGCCGCCCUCAUCCUCGCCGACGCCGAGGUCGCCAUCACGGCUGAGAAACUGAUGGUCUUGAUCCGUGCGGCGGGGAUUCAAGACGUAGAGCCGAUUUGGGCGAGUUUGUUUGCGAAGGCGCUGGAGGGGAGGGAUGUUAAAGAACUGAUGCUUGAGAUGCCUGCCCUGGAUGGGGAAAAUGGAGGGGAGGGGAAGAAGGACGAGGGGAAAGAGGGAGAGGAGGGAGAGGGAGUGGAGCAUGAGGAUUGCUGCUAUGAGGGGAGUAGGGAUGAUGAUUCUGAGGAGGACGGAAUUAUGGGGUUGUUUGAUUAGGAUGAGAUGGGGGUGGGGUUUGAGGUACGUGUACGUCGCAUCUCAGAUAUGUUUGAAAGACGCCUGAUGUGGAUAUAUAUGGUAGAGUAGGAUUUGGUUUUGGGCGUAUCUGGCUCAUCUGCAAUAUGUGACCGAAAUGUGCUCAAUACCGUUUCCCAAGCUUCAGGUCGUUCAUUACACUCGCUUUUCGCGUACCAGA